AUGCACCAUUUCAGACGCGACAACAAAAUUUUUGCACAAUCUCCCACUGUCACAUGGCACCGCAUGAAGUUGGCCACAGAUGCGCAGCGCCGUGUCACAGCAACAGUGAGAAACAUGUCCUCGCCACUCCUCGCGCAGUCCUGCCGCCAUGCCUUGGCAUAUCGGCUGAAUCAACAGCGAUGCAUCCACGUGAGUACGGUGAUGGAGAAGAAAGUGACCGGGAAGUACAAGGUUACUGCCAGGAGAGAUCGUCCUCUGACCUAUGAGAUGGCCCAGAAACCACAUCACAUUGCGGUGAGGAAAAGCUGGAAUUCGCUGAACACAUCAAACCUCCUGGAUGGGCUCAGAUCCUCAGAAACAGCGGUAGAAGAUAUGUUCAUUAGAAAAUUCAUGGUGGGAACUUGGCACAGUUUGGUGCUCUCUGAGGUCAUCAUCAAGAGGCAGUUUAACCACAUCCGUAUAGCCGCUGUGAUCCGCCAGGGCAUCUCUGCGCAGAAAAUGUACUUUCUUCUGGGCUACACAGAGGAGAUGCUCGCCCGGUGGCUACACUGCCCAGUGACACUAGAGCUGGAGACAGUGCCUGACAAGAAGGACAUCGUUUUCAAGUACAUUUAGGUGGAAAAUUAGAGAAUAAAGUAUUUAGUGGUUUGUAU